GACAUGGCGCUGUCGCUGGGCGAGGGCGGCGGCGGGAGCCGGCUGCGGCGGCAGCUGGAGUCGGGCGGCUUCGCGGCGGGGGAGUACGUGAAGCAGCUGUCGCAGCAGUCGGACGGGGACCGGGACCUGCAGGAGCACCGGCAGCGCAUCCAGGCGCUGAGCGAGGAGACGGCGCAGAGCCUGAAGCGCAACGUCUACCAAAACUACCGGCAGUUCAUCGAGACGGCGCGGGAGAUCAGCUACCUGGAGAGCGAGAUGUACCAGCUCAGCCACAUCCUCACCGAGCAGAAGGGCAUCAUGGAGGCCGUCACCCAGGCCCUGCUCCUCCAGGCCGACCGCGACGACCCCGCCCUGGGCGCCCGCCGCGCCGCCGCCGCCGACCCCUUCCUGCCGCUGUCGGCCAAGGAUGCGGCGGCCAACGAGGAGGGGCGGCAGCGCACUCUCACCACCCUCCUGGAGAAGGUGGAGGGCUGCCGCGACCUCCUGCCCGAGAGCCCCGGCAAGUACCUGGUGUACAACGGCGACCUGGUGGAGUACGAUGCGGACCACAUGGCGCAGAUCCAGCGGGUGCACGCCUUCCUCAUGAACGACUGCCUGCUGGUGGCCACCGCCCUGCCCAACCGGCGCGGUGCCUACCGCUACGACGCCCUGUACCCCCUCGACGGGCUGGCCGUGGUCAACGUCAAGGACAACCCGCCUAUGAAGGACAUGUUCAAGCUGCUCAUGUUCCCCGAGAGCCGCAUCUUCCAGGCUGAGAACGCCAAGAUCAAGAAGGAGUGGCUGGAGGUGCUGGAGGAGACCAAGCGCAGCCGUGCCCUCAGCGAGAAGCGGCGCCUGGAGCAGGAGGCCCUGCCCCGGCCCGCCCCGGCGCCCCCCGAAUCCACCAACCCCUUCGACGAGGAUGAGGACGAGGAGGAGGAGGAUGAGCCCUCCGCUGAGGAGGAGGUUGUUGACCUCUCGCUUGAGUGGAUCCAGGAGCUGCCCGAGGACCUGGACGUCUGCAUCGCUCAGCGGGACUUCGAGGGGGCGGUGGACCUCUUGGAUAAACUGAACGAGUACCUGGCGGACAAGCCCGUGAGCCAGCCCGUGAAGGAGCUGCGGGCCAAGGUGGACGAGCGCGUCCGGCAGCUCACGGACGUGCUGGUGUUCGAGCUGUCCCCGGACCGCUCGCUGCGGGGAGGCCCGCGGGCCACCCGCCGAGCCGUGUCCCAGCUCAUUCGCCUGGGCCAGUCCACCAAGGCCUGCGAGCUGUUCCUGAAGAACCGGGCGGCCGCCGUGCAGACGGCCAUCCGGCAGCUGCGCAUCGAGGGCGCCACGCUGCUCUACAUCCACAAGCUCUGCCAUGUCUUCUUCACCAGCCUCCUGGAGACGGCCAGGGAGUUUGAGACGGACUUCGCCGGCAACAACGGCUGCUACUCGGCCUUUGUUGUCUGGGCCCGCUCGUCCAUGAGGAUGUUUGUGGAUGCCUUCAGUAAGCAAGUGUUCGAUAGCAAAGAGAGUUUGUCAACUGCGGCAGAGUGUGUCAAGGUAGCUAAAGAGCACUGCAAGCAGCUGAGCGAGAUUGGACUGGAUCUCACCUUCAUCAUUCAUGCCCUCCUGGUAAAGGAUAUCAAAGGUGCUUUACAGAGCUACAAGGAUAUCAUCAUCGAGGCCACCAAGCACCGCAACUCUGAGGAGAUGUGGAGAAAGAUGAACCUGAUGACUCCAGAGGCGCUGGGGAAGCUCAGGGAGGAGAUGAGGAGCUGUGGGGUGGGCAAUUUUGACCAAUACACGGGUGAUGACUGCUGGGUCAACCUCAGUUACACUGUAGUAGCUUUCACUAAGCAGACUAUGGCCUUCUUGGAGGAAGCCUUAAAGCUUUACUUUCCAGAGCUGCAUAUGGUUCUUCUGGAGAGUCUUGUGGAAAUCAUCCUGGUGGCUGUCCAGCAUGUUGAUUACAGUUUACGGUGUGAGCAGGACCCUGAGAAAAAAACAUUCAUUAGGCAGAAUGCCUCUUUCCUGUAUGAAACUGUCCUUCCUGUUGUGGAAAAAAGGUUUGAGGAAGGGGUUGGAAAGCCAGCCAAGCAGCUACAGGAUCUGAGAAAUGCCUCGAGACUGAUGCGUGUAAAUCCGGAAAGUACCACCUCUGUGGUGUGAAGUGAACCUGUUCCUGGGAACAAGGUGGCAGCACUUACUGAAGAUGUUGUACAUUGAACAGAUGAACUAAGCAGGGGUUUUUUUGAGUCCCUGAAAGAUGCGGAACUCUGCUGCAUUCCAGAAGCUGAAGACUUUGAAUCAAUGCCUGCAAGCAUGCAAUGCUUUACUUGGUGGAUGGGGUGUAGGGAAGUGAUAAGGUGGAGGUCACAUGUCCUUGGACAGCGUAUCCUGUACGAAGGGUUUGUGUAGUAUUUGUGACUUGGGGAAUUACUGUAAUACACAGAUUUUGGCCAAUUGUUUGUGAAAGUCUUACAUACGUCUGCAGCAGAUGGCAGGAAAAGA